AAUCGCACGUCUCGGCCAAUCGCAGAAGAAGCUAUCGUGUUGCCGUAGCAAUGCGGGAUCGGCUGUGAGGCGGCCAUUUGCGUCAGAUUAAAAAGGGCCGGAGCUGGCUUUGGACACGUCGCUUGCUUUCGCUCUACAGUUAAGAGGUGGCAAGUCCCGCCUUUCGUGGCGGGGGGGGGGACGGAUUUCCUGUGUGCCGUCGAAAGGGCGUGCUACGUCAUCCGCGGUUCGAAAUACGACGCGAACCUUAGCAACGAGAGCGCCGCCUCAGGAAAGCUCGCGGCGGCGGCAACCGCGGUAAGCGCGGGGCGGCCGUGCUGGAAGCGGCAUCGAGCUUAGAGACGCCGGGGAGCCCCUUCGCAGUCCGUCAAGCGGGAAGGAGGCGGGUGGAGAAGACAGGGCGGCCAGAGCCGUGGUCGUAAUCGGGCUGUCGGGAGCAGACGAGUCGUUGGUGUUCCCGAGUUGUGUGUGAAGUCACGGCCAUUGGGCGGACCCCACUUCGCUCCCUUUCCCGCCCGUCAUCUGUCUGUCUGCCGCCGCUAGUGCGGGCUAAGGACGUUUGCCUUCGAUGAGACGUCCCGAGUCCCACCUGCCCUGUUAAUAACACGGAAGCCAGCAGGGUCGGAGGGUGUCGUCGUUGUUUGAGUUUCAAGGGAUAGAGUGAGGAACCAUGGCACUGGAGCCCAUCCCAUGCGCCAUUAAAAACCCAGUAGUGUUGCAAGUGGGAGACAUGAAGACCGAGCUAGGCCGGCCUGGUGUUCUGGUGAUUGAUGUUUCAUUUCCACACUCUCAGACCACUGAUUUACAGGCAAUUGCAUUCAGAAAUUACUAUACUGCCUUUUUGACCCUUCGAGUACAGCGGCAAAGUUCUGCAGAUGAUGGGAAUGAAAGCCCUUCCAAAUGGGUUACUUGUCUACGUAAUUUUUGUUUGAUGCCUAACCCACAUACAGAAGAGGGUUCCCAAAACUACUUUUCUAUUUCCAGACAUCAGAUGCUUUGUGAUGUGGAUCAGGUGGCUGCCAUGCGUUUCAUCCUGCGCCAACCUUCUCCAGUAUGGUUGCAUUUUACAAUUGAGGAGCUGCAGCUUUUUUCUUUGUGCCAGAAGAGUCCACAGAAAGGCUUUCCAGCUUGGCUUUCUCAUCCUUCUCCUCAGGAACAGCCAACAAGCUUACACGAUGGACUUCCUGAUGCUGACAGAGUGUCUUCUGAACUGCAGCAAAUGUGGAUUUUAACGGAGAUGCUCCAGGCCAACCAACCAGUAGCACGAAUUGGGCGCUUUGAUAUUGAAGACUCCUAUGACCUUAAUCUACUUUCUUAUACUUGAACGGUUUCAAGACAGGAAGCAAGGCUUCCAAGCAGGGCUGCAUCCCAGCCCAGCUUCUGGCUUGAACAGGAAGAAGGAAGAUUAAGCAGAGCACGAAGAUUAAGACUUGAUUGCUUCUAUGUUCCAGUUUCAUGUUCCAACAAUUGUCCAGUUAGGUUCUGGUUUCAGUUCUGUGGUAAUCUGGUUUUCAAACCUAUAUCUUGCACUGAACCCUGGAAAGUUAGAUUACCUAAACUGAAGCUGCCUAAUUAGGGCUAUUUCUCUCCUGAUCUACUUUUCCGUCUGCCUUGCUGCAUGAUAUAUGUUUCUUUUUAAGGCAAAAUGAAAUAUAUUCAAGAAUCUGGUACUUGGAGCAUGGAGGAAAGGGAUCCUUCCUUUUUCUAAUAGUGACUUGAGAUAUAAGAAGGACGAAAAGACUCCGGAUAUUGGGGUCUAAGAUUGAAAAAGAGCAAUUCUAGAAAAAUGCCAGGUAUAGAGAUGUAUGUGGCUGUCUACCUCACUUAUAAUUACAGAACGUAAGUCUUUUCAUAUGUGUGUAGACUUGAAAAAGAAAAUGUUGCAUCAUGCUAAAACCAUGACACUAGUAUUCUUGGAGGGAUUGAGGUGGUAGGAAGCUAAGUUUUAUCAUAAAUUUUCUAUCCCAAUGAGUGUUGAACUUGGUUAAAUGAAAGGGAAAGUUUGAUUCAUUUUGUCUCAUGUCAAAGAAUUUUAAAUAAAUUGUAUCUGCAAAGCACAUCUGAAAACUGCCUUUUGGAGGUUGGUUUGACAAGUACCAAGAAGAUAUUUGAGCAUCUUCGUUCAAGCUACUGAACGACUUAUCUAUUUACUGGAAUAGCAUCGUACUGUAUGAUUUCUACAGAAAAUCAUUUUCCUUGUGAAGAACAAUCCUUGUCAUAAUUUGUAGUCGUUAGAAAUAUCAAACUGUAGAACAAUAUACUGUAAAUUUCUGCAAUGGGACGUAUGUGAUUUUUAAAAAAGUAUUACAUUUUAGAGUAUCUGUACAUCUUUCUGUAUGUCUGUUAUGCCCUUCCUUUUAUUUAUUAUUUAUGUUAAUUAUUUAUCGUUGGAAAGGAUUGUAAUAGACUUCCAAUGCACUCUGUCAGGGUUAUGUAUCUCAAUGGAAUACUUAGCCAGAUUUAAGGGGUCACAAAUAAAUGAAAAGCUACGUGUUAUAUAAUGAUACACUGUAAACACAUGGGAAAUUUUUUUGAUCCUACAGACUGCACAUAAUGUUUUGUUCCAUAUACA